AUGUCUACCAACGGGAACGCCAUCGAGAAAGGUACCUUUGCCAGCGGAUGCUUCUGGGGCACUGAACACAUCUUUCGGGAGCACUAUAAAGGCAAAGGGCUGAUCGAUGCCAAGGUCGGAUUCAUCGGUGGCAAAGAGUCUUCCAAAAACCCAAGCUACGAGGAAGUGUGCACUGGCCGAACAGGUCAUGCAGAAGCAGCGCAAGUGACUUUUGAUCCCAGCAAGGUAUCCUACGCCGAGCUCGUCGAAUUCUUCUAUCGCACGCACGACCCCACGCAGCUCAACGCUCAAGGCAACGACAGAGGCACUCAGUACAGGAGCGCCAUCUUUGCUCAUUCUCCCGAGCAACUGGAGGCGAUAAAAAAGGUGACGAAUGAAGUGCAGGAAAAGCACUUUACGCCAAAGGGAAAGAAGAUUGUCACGCAGGUCGAGGAGAGGCCGGCUGGUGACUUUUUCGAGGCCGACGAGCAUCAUCAAGAGUACUUGCACAAGAACCCCUGGGGCUACCAAUGCGGCACGCACCGCUUGUGGUGGUGAUGCUGUACCAAACUCGCGCUGAAUACUGCGCCAAUCCGAUGAAUCCAUUCGGAGAAGCCAUUGUGGCAGCAAUGUGAUGCGCAAUACAGCUCAGUGAAGGCCUGC